AUGAGCUUUUCAACCCACCGAAAUCUGUCACCUGGCGGUGGGCGACACCAUCUGGCUGGUCCACGGGCGUCUACCGGCAUGGUUGAACUUGGCUCCUCCAUCGAUCCAUAUGAGCCACGGCGAAGAUACUACGACCACGAUGAAUAUCCAUCUGAUGUAGGAUAUGGGAGUACGUAUAAAAGUUAUCCAAUCCGCCGGUCGCCGGUCGAAGCUCGACCAGUCUCGACCCAAAAAGUCCGGGAUUCUGGCCACUCUACCAAGCGGACCGAGUAUACAGUCGAACCUCAACCUCGACACCGGAGCAGGAGCAAUACCGUCUCUGCGAUUGAUGUUUCCCACAAUCCUCGCCUGUCGGUGCCUUCUCAUCAUCGCUCCGUGACCUCGGUUCAUGGCCGUUCUCCCAGUCCUCUGCCGACGGAAUCCGGCCACUACGUGAUGCCCGCUCAUCAUGGUGGACACCACCGUCGACUGUAUAGCACUGACUAUGCAAGUGACACGGGUCGUUUGGAUUCUCAUGACCGAGUGAGACAUCGGUCCAGUCAUCACGGAUCACACCAUGGUCCUCCACCGAGCGGGCGGCGAUAUCACGCCUACGAUGGCAAGGGGGAAGACAUUGACAACUACGAUGCUUAUUCCUACACGACCCCUCGGGAGCAGUUUGACGUCGACUACCCAGUUCAGCCACGCCAUCCUGCGGGUAGAAACUCCGUCGACCGGCCUUUGAGCAUGACCGUGAUGGAUGAUGAGCAGCCCCACUGGAUGUCUCGGAAACAUAGGCCAUAUGGCCCUCCCCCAACAUCCUGGGGGAUGGAUAAGCUAGACCGGGAGGGAAGAUCCCGGACCAGUCGUGUCGAUGACCACCGUGAUGGCUCUAGAUCGAGGGGACAUGAUCGUUCGCUCGUCACAGUACCUCACCUGUCCGACGAUGAGCACGAUCUUAGUGACAGUCACCGCCGCCGCCGUCGUCAUCGAAGACCCCACCAUGAGAGUGACCGGCGCCAUGACGACAGGUCCCCUCGUCCUGUGGAUAGCGAACAGUCAUUGGUAGGACUGGGAACAGCUGCCUUGGGCAGCGGCUAUGUGGACAUGUCCCAUUACGACCAACGGGUAUCGCGCCAGCACAGACGCCCACGUGAACCAGACUACCAACCCCCACAGUCAACAUCUCGCGAGUUGGUCGAAGACGCGAGUCCUGAAAGGAAACCGCUUUACCUCGAGCCAGCCGAUCACCAUCGCCGUCACCGCAGUCGAUCGCGCAGACGUUCCCGACGACGCCAUGGGGAGGAAUCAGACUGGCUCACAGAAGAUGAGGAUCUUCGCAAAUACCAACGCGAACCGUCCGCGGCUCCACGCCGGAAGCACAGCAGCGAGGAUACUAGCGAGGACAACCAUGCCACUAGGAGCCACCGUCGUCCACGGGAGCGGUCGCAUGUGCGGUCGCGCAGCCGAUCUCUUUCCAAUGACAGCAAGGAUGGAGGGAAGAAGGUUGUCGCGGUUGACCCGCCUGCACAGAAAGAGCCCGAUAUCAUGCCAAAAGGGAUAUUGAAAAAGCCUCGUCCAGCCUUCCCCGAGGAGCCCAAUCCAGUUCGAGAAGGUGUGGCCCCCUUGUCCAAGGACGCGGAAAAGAACGGAAUUCCACCCGGCGCUCGUUGGACGAAAAUCGGUCGGCGACUGGUGAGUCCGACGGCGUUGCGAUUGGAAGGCAUACGGUUCGAGGAACGGCAGGAUUAUGUGAUUGUGCUUAAGGUUUUGACAAAGGAAGACAUUGAAAAACUCGCGUUGGCGACCACGCUAAUUCGAGAAGCCCGCCACAAGGAGUACGUGCGUGACAAGCGUCGGCACAGAGAUGAGCACCAUCGUGAUGGCCAUCAUGGCGAUUCAUCCUCCAGCGAUGAUGAGGAUGAGGAGGCCCAUGAGCCCCUGAAGAUCGAGGCACCGCCGAAGACCGAGUCCCAGCAGCACCUGUCACUGCCAGAGCGUCCUCGAGCCUCGAGCCACUCCAUGCAAGAAAACGCGAGAAUGCCUAUGAGUCCUUCUGCUGCGCCGGCGUAG